GGUGUCACAGAUGUGUUAUGUGAAACAUGUGAACAACUGGGAUGGAAGCUGCCAACAAAAAUACAAACUGAGGCAAUUCCUGUAGCCUUACAAGGUCGUGACAUCAUUGGUUUGGCUGAAACGGGCUCUGGAAAGACGGGUGCCUUUGCAUUACCUGUACUUCAAACAUUGCUGGAAGGUCCACAGAGGCUCUAUGCUUUGGUUCUUACGCCCACUAGGGAACUGGCUUUUCAGAUUUCUGAACAGUUUGAAGCUCUUGGUUCUUCAAUUGGUGUAAAAUGUGCGGUUAUUGUAGGUGGAAUGGACAUGAUGUCACAAGCCCUGACUCUUGCAAAAAAGCCUCAUAUCGUUAUUGCCACACCUGGACGUCUUAUUGACCACCUAGAAAACACAAAAGGAUUUAACCUUAGAUCUAUUAAGUACUUGGUAAUGGAUGAAGCUGACCGCAUUCUCAACAUGGAUUUUGAAACGGAGGUGGAUAAAAUCUUAAAGGUUAUUCCACAAGAUCGCAAGACUUUCCUCUUUUCUGCUACAAUGACAAAAAAGGUACAAAAAUUGCAACGUGCUGCAUUGAAAGAUCCAGUUAAAUGUUCAGUAUCUUCCAAGUAUCAGACAGUGGAGAAACUUCAACAGUUUUACAUAUUCAUCCCUUCCAAGUUCAAGGACAGUUAUUUAGUGUACAUUUUAAAUGAGCUGGCUGGAAACUCCUUUAUGAUAUUCUGCAGCACAUGCAACAACACUCAGAGAGUAUCCCUCUUACUGCGAAACCUUGGUUUUACUGCCAUUCCGCUUCAUGGACAAAUGAGUCAGAACAAAAGACUGGGAGCUUUGAAUAAGUUCAAGGCAAAAUCUCGCUCCGUUCUCCUUGCCACUGAUGUUGCAAGUCGUGGAUUAGAUAUUCCACAUGUGGAUGUUGUGAUAAAUUUUGACAUUCCAACCCACUCCAAGGAUUAUAUACAUAGAGUGGGAAGGACUGCGCGUGCUGGAAGGUCAGGAAAAGCAAUUACUUUUGUAACACAGUAUGAUGUCGAACUCUUUCAAAGGAUAGAACAUAUGAUUGGUAAAAAGCUCCCAGCUUUCCCUGCACAAGAAGAAGAAGUGAUGUUGCUGAAUGAAAGGGUAGCAGAAGCUCAAAGAUUUGCCCGUGUUGAGUUACGAGAACAUUGUGAAAAGAAAAAGCGUGUACGGGCACAGGAAGAAGAUGCAGAAGGCACUUUUGGAGUAAGAAAAAAAAUUGCUGGAGGAAAAUUGAAAAAGAAAGUUCACUGA